AGAGACGUAGGCAAGCGGCGUAUUCUUGCUGCCCGCAACAUGGCUGUGGUGUCUGGCUAACAGACUGCAUGCGGCCAUGGAAGUCUUCCUGAAGCCUAAAAGCGUUUUUUAUUCGGCCGCUUGUGCUCCGUCUGCACGCUAACAUCCAGCCAGCUCACUUCCUGUCCACACAAGAUGGCGGACUUCCCGCCAGUGUUAGAAGAAGGAGGAGGAGGACGACUCGGCCAGCACAUCUUCGCUCGCUCCAGGUCGGGUUCCGAGUCAGAAAGCGAACUGUCCCAAAGCUUGGCUCGCACUAAAAUACGAUCUUACGGAAGCACAGCCAGCGUCUCGGCCUCUCUGGGCGAAAAAUACAUCGAACAUCGCCUCUCUGACGGCGACACUCUGCAGGGGAUCGCCCUGAAAUAUAACGUGACGAUGGAGCAAAUCAAGAGAGCCAACAAACUUUUCAGCAACGACUGCAUUUUCCUGAAGAGCAGCCUCAACAUCCCCGUAGCCACGCAGAAGCGCUACAUUUUUAACGGACUGUCUCUAGAGUCUCCUGAUGGGGACGACCAAGCAGCACAGCAGCAGGAAGACCAGAGACCUUGGCCUGAAGACUCCAAAGGUUCUGGACCCCCAGCAGAGGAGCUCUCAGCCCAAGACUUCUUGACCAGACUGGACUUACAAAUCAAAAGAUCCAAGCAGGCGGCAGCAAGACUGAAAGAAGAGGAAGUCAGGUGA